AACAGAUUAGAACAAUACUGUAUUCGUCAUUUAUCAGGCUAUAUUCCGAUUCAAAUAUUUUUGCUGUGAAACGGAGGCGAGGGGCUGAGCUUUUAUACUUUGGCGUCUGCAGUUUUGAAAAUCCUUCCGAGCUAAAUCAUCAUUUGUUAAUUUAAAUCAAUUACGAGGGAAAUAUUCUGCUUUUUUUUCUCAAUCUCAAACAUCGAUUUAAUUUUCAGAUAGUACAUAGCGUGAAAUAAAUUUAACCCCGCCUGCAAUAAUGACUCUCUCGGACCAAGAUGUGCAGAAACAGAUUUCGCAGAUGGUAGCGUUUAUUCAACAGGACGCCAAGGAAAAGGCUAACGAAAUUACUCAAAAGGCUAUUGCGGACUACAAUCUGGAAAAGAAUAGGAUGAUAAAUGUAGCCAAGACUAGACUGGACGCGGAGAAGGAGAAGAAGCUGAAGCAGAUUGAGCUGCAGAGGAAGAUCCACAUCUCCACUCAGAUCAACCAGCAGAGACUCAAAGUCCUCAAACACAGGGAGGAACACAUAGGGGCGGUUAUAGACGAGGCGCGGGUGCGACUAGCCAAGAUAGCCCAACAGGACCCGAAUUUGCUGGCUAAAAUAAUGCGGGGACUGGUGACCCAGUGUCUUUUUCAGCUUCUUGAGAACGAGGUGGAACUGAAGUGCAGACGCAAUGACGUCAACCUCCUCCAACAAGUAGUUCCCGAGGCGGUUGAGAAGUAUAAGCAGGCCACGAAGAGGAGUGUGAAUGUGACAAUAGCGAAUAACGACUACCUACCAGACGAUCAGAUCGGAGUGGAAGCAGUAGAGGCCAGGGGUAGACGCAUCCGAGUAGUGAACACUCUGGAUUCGCGACUGGCAACAGUCAAGGAUACCAAGAUGCCAGAGAUUAGACAGAAGCUGUUUCCUAAGUCAAAGCAACAACAGCAACACUGAAUCGCCACUUCACCGAAUUGUUAAUCAUGUUAAUGAAAUAUAUUAGAGUCAAUCGAAAUGGACCUUUCAUUGAUAUGCUUCCAAAGACUCAUGAAGUGAUAAGAACCUGGAUCUAGUGAAGAAGGCUUAUUUAUAACUCAGUAAACAUUCAUUAAAUUUAUGCAUAUAUUGAGCAGCUAUUCGAGUAGUGUUAAUGUAUAAUCAAGGCCGGUAGCGUUUUGAAUGGUUGACUAAUAUUUCUCAUCAAAAGUGUUUUUUUUUCACAUUUUAUCGUCAGAAGUACUGGAAUAUUUUUGCAAAGCAUUUCGGCGUUGAUUACUCCAAUAUCAAUCCUUCUUGUAUAUUAUGAUGCAUGAUUAAAGCUACAAUUGAACCUUAUAUGAAUAUAUAAACACGUGUUUUUAAAAUGCGCUAGAUUAUAAUCUGAACUGUUUAUCUGAACAUUUUGAUAGUUUUUGGAUUAAUUUAAAUUAUGAAUAAAAAUUGGCAUAUCGGAA